UCCAAUGUUUUUUCUACGACCAUACGUGCAAGUUCGGUGUCCUUUGUUAUAAUUUACAAAAAAUACACCAAUAAUUGCUCCUAAUUGUGAUAAUACGUUUUAAAAGGUAGAAAAUAGAAAACAUAACCUCAAUUUUAGCGUAAUUCACAGGUUCGGGAUGGUUGCCAUGGAAUUAUUAUUAGAAUAACAGAAGUUUGGUGGAUAGAAAGCCUUCUUAAUAAUUGAUUAAAACAAAGGAAAGUAUCCUUUAAACGACUGAAAUAGAGAAUGUACUUUAAAAUCUUCACAAAUGUUAUUACAUUGGUGUAUUUUUAUGUGAGACCGCUUAUUAAAUGGUUCCUACAUAAAUUCACAAAGCUAUGUGAAUUGCAGCGGAUUUGCUAUGGGGAGCCCACCGGGGCUCCUCGAGCGAAAGGUGUUGAACGAUGCUUGGAACUCUCUCGAACACCACAAUUGGUGGAAAUGAUAAAAAUUCUCAAUGAAAUUGUUGAGAAUGAAUUGACGGAUGAAGAUUUCUUUGCCGAUGUAACUGAUCGAGCUCUAGCAACUGUGCUCAGGGUAAAGAAGAUAAAACCACGUAUCCAUCCAGAUUUUCCGGCUGCCUUUGAAAUGUGUGUGGAGCAGAUUUGGGGUUACAGGAGGCUAUAUCAUGAAGUUGAACGUCUUAGAAAAACCCCAUAUGAUUGUGACAACAUUAAUCACGAAAUGAAACUUAACCAAUUGUGGAAAUUACUGAUGCCUGAGGUGGUGCUUGAGGCUCGAGUGACUAAACAGUGGCAGGACAUUGGCUUCCAGGGGGAUGAUCCGAAGACGGACUUUCGUGGAAUGGGGAUCUUGUCACUGGAAAAUCUACUGUUUUUCGCAACAGAAUACCAUGGUGCUGCCCAACAUGUACUUUCACAUUCUCAUCAUCCAAAGCAUGGGUACACAUUUGCCAUUGUAGGAAUCAACCUUACAUCGAUGGCGUACAAGCUACUAAAAAGUGGAGCAGCUAAAACCCAUGUCUACAAUUCCGUUUACUCUACUCCCAGCAUCAAUACAUUCCAUCAUCUAUACUGCUACCUUUUUUAUGAAUUCGAUCGUUACUGGAUGGAGUGCAAACCGAAGAAUAUAAUGGAAUUUUCACACAUCCAAGAAAAAUUUGAAACAAAUAUUCUUCGGGAAUUAUCAAACAAUAGUACAAUCUUUAAAAUAAAUCUCUCUAUUGAUAAUAUUUAGAAUAGCAAGCUUAAAUAUAGAUACAUAAAUUUAAAAAAAGAGUAUUUGUAGAAGGGUAAUUUUGUGAUUAAACUUUACUCAUUUGCUUGGGAAAUGAGUGCGAGUCCCAAGGAGAUCCUAAAUAUCUUGAUUUAUAAUAAAAGUCCUAUAAAUACAAUUAUUUUAUCCAUAAAA